CUCACCGGGAUUUUUAACUAGGUCACUUCCUCUUGCCCGGCUGUGCCAAAGAAGAUCUACUUUACCUGGAAAACUGAACAAUUCAGGUUCUCAGUCUCCAGUGAAGGACUCUGUGGAGCAGACUUACCUGCCAGGCUGCAGGGACAGCACCCAGUUACUCCUGCAGGCUUCUCUCUCAAGUGCUAAGUCCUUGGCCAUGGCAUGUAUGGUGAACCCCAAAAAGAACUACGUGGACCUAGACAUAUACAAGAGCUCAUACAUGGUCGACUAUAAGCCCUUCACGAAGCACAAAUACUCCAGAGUCACGCCACAAGAGCAGGCCAAACUUGAUGCUCAGCUCCGAAACAAAGAGUUUUACCGGCCCAUGCCCAGCCCCAACCCCAAGUUGGAGGAUGGGUACCCUGCCUUCAAAAGACCCUACAUGACUGCAAGAGACUUGGGAGUCCCUGGCUUCUUCCCACCACAGGUUCCGGUAGCCCCUGUGAAGAAUGAGAGCAGGUUCACCAACACCUGCCAUAUUGUAUACCCAGCUUCCCUGGCUCUGUACCUGGCCCAGUAUGAGCCCCACCGGCUUCAUCAGAGAACAGACUUCCCAUGCCUCAUGGAGCCUGAGCUGCAGCCUGCUCCAGAUGUGGGCAAGGGCUACCUUCUACUCCCUGGCUGUUUCUGUCCUCCUCAUCCGAGAGUCAAGGUCCCCAUCUUGAAUAGGUGGGGGCCCUUGAUGCCAUUUUACCAGUAGAGAUGUGAGAAUGCCUGUUGUUUCAAUGCAUGAGGAAAUUCCACACCAGCACUCACAGAGAAGGCACCAAAAAUAAA